GUGUUUGUUUGGGCGAGACAGGCAACAGGCUUGGCCUGGUCCAAAUGAACCGGAUCAAGCAGAUUCAUGGUUUCGUCCUCCGCAAUGGCGUCGACGACAUCCAGGCGCUCGUCCUCCAGCUUCUCCACCUCCCCAGCCCCAACCUCCGCUAUGCACACGCCCUCCUUCUCUCCCACCCCACCCCGCCCUCCACCUUCCUCUACAACAAGCUCUUCCAGGCCUACGCCCGCGGCGGCGGCGCCUCAUUCGAGCCUUGCGCCGAGCUCUUCGUCAGCAUGCGCCGCUCUCCAAACCCGCACACCUUCGUAUUCCUCUUCUCUGCCUGCGCCGCCUUCGCCCGCCCCGGCCACGGCCGCGCCCUCCACGCCCGCUUCAUUCUUUCCGGCUUCCCUUUCGAUGCCUUCGUUGCCACCGCCCUCCUCGACCUCUACGCCAAGUCCGGCCUCUUCGACUCCGCCCGACGCGUGUUCGACGAAAUGCCCACGCGUGACGUCGCCCUAUGGAACUCCAUGAUCCGGGGCUACUUCCGGUGCGGUGAUCUGGACAAGGCCAGGGAGUUGUUCGAUGCGAUGCCGUUCAGGAAUGUCAUCUCCUGGACGUCAAUGAUCUCGGGGUGCACCCAGAACUCGCGGUACGAGGAGGCUAUCAAUGUAUUCUCGAGGAUGUGGCAGGAAGGAGAGGUGAAGCCUAACGAGGUCACGCUUGCAAGCGUGCUGCCGGCCUGCGCGCAUCUUGGGGCGAUGGAACUGGGAAUGAAAAUUGAGGCAUAUGUACGGGACAACGGGAUGAUUCGCAACGUAUUUGUGUGCAAUGCUCUGCUAGAAAUGUUCGCAAAAUGUGGCAACAUCGAGCGUGCAAAGAAGGUGUUUGAUGAAAUGGGCGUGAUCAGAAAUUUGUGUUCUUAUAAUACGAUGAUCAUGGGACUGGCAGUGCACGGGAAGUGGCAUGAAAGUCUGGAGCUUUUCCAGGAAUUGCAGGCAAGAAGAAUUAGCCCCGAUGACAUUACACUGGUAGGUGUUCUUUUGGCUUGCACUCAUGGAGGACUUGUAGAUGAGGGACAAUUUUUCUUUGAUUCCAUGGAAAAGGACUUUCGUAUUACUCCUAAAUUGGAACACUAUGGUUGCUUGGUUGAUCUAUUAGGGCGUGCUGGAUAUACAAAAGAAGCCUACAGUCUGAUAACUAGUAUGCCAAUGGAGCCAGACUCAGUUAUAUGGGGUGCUCUACUAGGUGCUUGCAGCUUUCAUCGAGACGUCCAAUUAGCAGAAAUUGCUGCUGAAUUCCUAUAUAAACUUGAGCCUUGGAAUUCAGGAAACCUUGUUAUUCUUUCCAAUGUGUAUGCUUCAUUAGGGAGGUGGGCUUCUGUUGCGAAUGUUUGGAGACUGAUGAAAGGAAAGCAACACAGAAAGUCAGCUGGUUACAGCAUUAUUGAGUUGGACGGAAAUAUGCACAAAUUCCUUGUGGAGGAUAAAUCACACCCACAGUUUGAAGAGAUUUAUACUCUCUUGGAUGAGAUUACAAUGAGUAUGAGACAAUUUGGUUACAAGCCUAAUCGGAUUCUCCAGGCCGAAAGCUAAGAAGAGUAAGAUGCGAGUAAGGUUGACUGUUGCCAACAAACUCUGAAGCGGCAUACAGUGGCCGGCGGUGAAAACAUCACCUUAUGAGACAUCAAGUUUCCCAUAUUAUUUGGGUCAAUGAUGUAUCAAAAAAUUGCAGCCAUAUAAGCUCCUCGCCACACAAGAAUUUGACAUAUUUCAGUUUAAUAGAAGGGAAAAUCUGGUGCUAAAGAAGCAAUGUGGUGAUUGAGUACAAGACAAUUAAAUCAUGAAGUUGCAGGUAAGAAUUUCAUUCUUCAGGAUGCUUACAUCUUUGUGUUCAUUUGUCCAUGGAAUGAGGAAUGUAGCAUAACAUGUUUUAUCCUUAUUCAGAGUUGCAACUAUGACUUCACUUGUCUUUCACUGUAGGGCGACACUCUUGUUAUGUUUGUUAUUGUUUACCAUAUAAACAUUAUGAGUCAAGUGUGUGUAGCCCGGCUUGCGUAUUCUAGAUUUAGAUUAUUAUUCAUCCCCGCGAUGUAAUAUGGUUUAAUACUUUCCUCUCAAAUUCUACAGGUGUUUCAGGCUUCAUGUCGGGGCUAAAAUACUUUCAUCUUUUUAAUUAUCAAUUCAAAGAUUAUGAAUGUACUAGCAAAAGAUUUUAACUUCUACAUUUCUAUCUACUAUUCUAGAGAAAGGUGGUAUGAUGCAUACAUCAUCUGUCGGCAAACUUGCAAGCAUCUCCGAAAGCAUUCUUUCUACUGGAUGAAGCAUUGUUGAAACCAGUAUCGUGCUUCCGCAAGAAUAAGCCAGUUCCUUGCUUAUCUCACCACAAAUUCAAGAUUAUAGAUUUUUUUUUCAUCUUUUGUCUGUUUAUUGGUAAUCCCUACUGUGUUUGACAAAUUGUUCAUCUAUUUCUCUAAGCAAUGAUUUGAUUAAACCGAAUUUUGUUAGUCUCCAAAAUUGUAAAUUAUAAAGAGCUUUUGUUUGUA